AGCUUUUGAACACCUUGAGUCGUGCAGAUGGAAAAAGAGGCACAUGGAAAACUGGAAAAACAGAAAGCAGGAAGGAAGAAGAGAUGUACCAGUUUCUGGUAGGGAACCUGGAAACUCAGCUGAAGGAGAUGAUGACUGAGAAUUUGGAGCUGAAGAAGGUCCUCGGGCAGAUGAAAACAGACAUGUGCACUCUUCUUGGCUCCUCUCCAUCUGGCAUGGAGGAUGGCCUCUUCAAGGCUAACCCAGAUGAGGAACAAGCUGAAUGCGACAUAGAUCAGGCUGAGCACUCGUGCGGUACUGUUAAGGAACAACUCUUGCUCAGCAUUCGAAAGCAAUGGCGCAGCUUGAAAAAUCGUAUGGAGAAACUAGGCAGUCAAGGACAUCCGGCUGAGAAUGAGGCAGAUCAUGUGAUUAGUAUCACAGAUCAUGAUAAGGAAAUAGCGAGACUGAAGCAGGAGAUCGAGCAGAGUCGGGAAGUGAUCUGCCUACAGCAGCAGCUUCUUCAGAACCAACAGGCUGCUUUGAACCCCACCGAACUUCCCGGAAACCUGCGGGGCUGUUACUUUCUAGAGGAACAAGAGCAGCUGAAACAUGAUCGGGAGAUAUUCGAGUUUCAGAAGAAGCAAUUCGAGAAUGAGAGGCGGAACUUUACGGAAGCUGCAAUUCGCCUAGGACACGACAAACAGCUGUUUGAAGAAGAGAGGGCACAACUGCUGAAGCAUCACUUCUUAAGCAUGACCCCCUUGACUGAAUACAAGAUGACCCCCUUUUGGAAGCAGAGGAAUAUGCGUACUGUUGACAUCAACAACCAUGAAAACACAUCGCAGUCAAAGUUCAGCUUUACCCCGUACUUGCGUCACUGCAGUGCAAGAAUGAAGACUCCCUUUUCUGUAUCUAGGACCAAUCAUCCGGUGGGCCAUGAGGGCACUCCAACUACAGGGGAACUGUACAGGGUGCUCCAGCUGGCCCCUCACACCAGAUCUACGUUGACAAGGAGAGACAAGAGCUGUGUGCGGAUCAGAAGCAGUAGCAGCAGCACCACCAUAUCUGCUGGCGUUCUUUAUAAAGACACCGCUUGCCAGACUCUGGAUGACCAAUUCCAUGAUGUUCGUAGCGAUCUUCUCGACUGCUUUCUUGAGCAGUCCUUCUGACAUGAAGUAGCUUUUGCUAAAGCAUGUACUUUUGAAGAGUUCUAGGAUAUGUGCAAUAGCCAUACAGAGACACAAUUCACAAGGUGGUCCAUCUAUGUAUCUGUGAAGAAACCAUUUUCAUAGUACAGUUUUAAAGUAGUCUGGAAAUAGGACAUCAGUGGUGCUUGUACCGCAUUGUUACUUGUUCAGUUGGGAUUUUUCAUUUUAAAACAAUUUUUAAACUGUAAUGAAAAUGUAGCAUCUCUAAGGAACUACUCUGAAGAUUUUUGGCACUUUGUUUUUGGGGGUGUCUCCAUCAUUGGACUACACUUCAUGGAAUUGUUUCUGGAGUUCCAGUUAAUGGUUGACAGAACAUCAGAUGGAGUACAAUCCGAGGUUCGAUUUGGUACAAGUGCAUAUGCAGCCUUUUCUGGUAAAAGUUUUUUCAUCGUGAUUCUGUUUUAUAUUUUUAUAAUGCAGCCAAAAGUAUUUUGAUAACUGUUAGAGAAACACUUUGAAGUGUAGUUUUGAUAAUGAACCAGAAUGAACACCUUGAUACAUUGUCUUCUCUGCACCCUUUCCUACUCCUAAGAUUUCCUACUGUGUAGGAUAUGCAGGUUUUGUAUGCUAAGACAGUCGGACAUUGCUAUAUUUAAUGGACAUCUCACUUGUAUUAGGAGGGGUGCCAUAAUGGCUGUACAUUAGCGUCUCUUCUGUGAAUGUAGGGGCAGGUCUGUGUGCUGAUCUGUCAGCGUGAAGGUGAGGCAUUUCUGUUGGAGGUGCUCCUGGAACCUUGUGCUGGUAACAAGUAUUUAGACUUUUCAGUAAAACAAAAGUUUCUGACUGCUGUGAUACGUUGUGUAGAGAUGUGCUGAUUGUUUAGAAAUGAUUGAAAUGUGUAUUUUAAAAUGUUUGAGCUAAGAACUUGAAAACCUUCAUUUUGAUUUCAUUUAAAACUGGCUUUGUUUGUACUACUUGGCAUAUUGCUUGUUUGUAUCUUAGCAAUUCAAAAAAAGUUUUACUGUUGUGUACUGCUAUAUGUAUAUAUUGGUUAAAAUAAAACAGUCUGACUUGGAA